AUGAAAACAACAUCAGAAUUUAUUGAAAUCACGUGGAGCAAUAAAAAUAAUAUGAUGUUGAGAAUGAAACGGCUUAGAGUUGUUCCUUUUACUCACAUUUCUCCUUGGAAGAUCCUUCUCCUUACUGUUUAUGUGAAACUUGAAGAAAAAAACGAAGCCAUUGAAAGAAAGCUUUACUUUGAAUCAUGUGAAUGUAAUGUCACGAUUGCUAUCUACAAAUUAUUAAUUAAUGACCAAUUAUUUCUACUUUUUUCUGAACAAUACAUUCAUGAAUAUAAAAGAACGAACUUCUCAUGUCAUACAUUUCAACCGUUUCGACAAAAGAGCAUGAUGAUUCAGAAGAAGAUUUUAAGCAAAAAGCAAGUUGCAGAAAAAUGUUCUCGUUUUGUGACACCCUUUGAUGUUACUUUGUCAAGACUUUGCAGCAUGAGAAAGAUGGUGGUAUUGGAACUUACUUGA